AUGUCUGAGGGCGGUGAUAUCGACGUUCUCCCCAGCGUCCUUCCCAAGGACGUCGCCAAGGAGGUUGGCAAUGUCAAGCUGUUCAACAAGUGGGACUACGAUGUUGAGGUUCGCGACAUCUCUCUGACCGACUACAUUUACCUGAGCAAGCCCGUCUAUGUCACCCACUCCGCUGGCAAGUAUGCCGCCAAGCGCUUCCGCAAGGCCAGCUGCCCCAUCAUUGAGCGUCUGACCAACUCUCUAAUGAUGCACGGCCGCAACAACGGCAAGAAGCUCAUGGCUGUUCGCAUCGUCGACCACGCUUUCGAGAUCAUUCACCUCAUGACCGACCAGAACCCCAUCCAGGUCGCCGUUGACGCCAUUGUCAACUGCGGUCCCCGCGAAGACUCGACCCGAAUUGGUUCCGCCGGUACCGUCCGUCGCCAGGCCGUCGAUGUUUCCCCCCUCCGCAGAGUCAACCAGGCUAUUGCCCUCCUCACCACCGGUGCCCGCGAGGCCGCUUUUCGCAACGUCAAGUCCAUUGCCGAGUGUCUCGCCGAAGAGCUGAUCAACGCCGCCAAGGGCAGCAGCAACUCGUACGCUAUCAAGAAGAAGGAUGAGCUGGAGCGUGUAGCCAAGAGCAACCGAUAG